GGGGAAGGGAGGGAGAGAGGAGAGAAAUAAAAACAGCACAAGAGGACCGCAGGCAGCACAGAGGAUAAAAUCCCUCUGAGGUUCCACCAUGUUCCUGCAAACGGUCUCCAUCCUCGUCCUUUCUGCCUUGCUCUUCUGCUGCCUGGAAGGGAAGGGUGUGCAAAUGCAGCGAGAUGUCCAGUGUUGCAUGCAAUACUCUCAUGGCAAAGUCCGGACCAAAGAUGUCCUGAGGUUUGAGGUGCAGAAGGAGGGGCCAGACUGCAGCAUAAGAGCCAUCAUAUUGUACACCAAAAAUGUGGUGAAGUGUGCCGAUCCAAGAGACAGGAAGGUUAAGAGGCUACUUCGGAAACUGACCCAAAGGCAGCGAGUCAAAGACUUGUGGCAACCUCCACAUAUGAAUCUGCCUGUGAUGUCGGAGGUCGCUGUUGUUAAUUCCCAAAAGAUGAACAAGACCAAGUGAAAGGUGAGAGAGGAAAGUUGAUCGAUGAAACUCCAGCCUUCUUGUGUGUGUCACUGUUUUCUUAUAUGUAUAAGAAAAUGUACGUAGACUCAUAACAUUCACUACCAAACAGUAUGUUAUCCAGAUAUAUUGUGUUAUUUAGAUGUCCUCUCAAAUGACUGUUAAUCUAUAUGCCAAAGUAUUCUCUGAGACUUGUUAAAGGUUGUUUAUAAUCGCUGCAGCUAUGUAUAGUCUCUAUAACUCAUGCAAGCUCUUCUAUAGAGUUAAGUAAGCUGGUAUGACUGUUCUCAGCCCAUUUAUAGUGCAAUUACAGAUUCUUGUGUAUGUUAAACCAAAACUGAUUUUGAUAUAUAAA